UUUUUGCAGCUGUGCUUGUGCAAUAUGAAGACUGAUGUUACGUCAGUAAAAAGAGGAAAGAGUCCUGUCUGCCCUCCCCUCGUCAACAGAAGGAGGACCUGCUGACAAUCUGACAGAAGCUGUUUGUUGCAAGCAGUUUCAGCAAGGCAGUGUCACACAGGACAGGAUCCUUUCAAGAUGUCAAGCUCUCUUGUCGUGUGCGAGGUGGAAGAAAGUCUGAGAGAAAAGCUGAAAAAGUUCAGAUUUCGAAAAGAAACCAACAAUGCGGCCAUACUCAUUAAAAUAGAUAUGGCGAAACAGCUUGUUGUCCUUGAGGAGGAGUAUGAGGAUAUCUCACUGGACGACCUGAGAAACGAGCUUCCCGAGCGCCAACCCAGAUACAUUGUCUACAGCUACAAAUACACACAUGCGGACGGGAGAGUGUCUUAUCCCCUCUGUUUCAUUUUCUCAAGCCCAAUGGGGUGUAAGCCAGAGCAGCAGAUGAUGUAUGCAGGCAGCAAGAACCGACUGGUCCAAAUCGCAGAACUCACAAAGAUCUUUGAAACCAGGAAUGCCGACGACCUGACGGAGGAAUGGCUCAAGAACCAGCUGGCGUUUUUUCGCUGAAACUGCUUCUUCUGCAACUUUCAAGCCAGCUUCUCAUUCCCUGGGCGAUAUCCUGAAUUUGGCUUCCUGUUUUGUGUGUUGUGACAUUAAAAUGUUCACUUACAGCAGCAGAGUUUUGGUUUCCAAGUCUUUUCUUCAUAUUGUAACAAGAUUUCUGUGAGUUUCCAUGAAAAUGAUUGAGUCAUAAAGUGAAUUUACCUUCAAAUUUAAGCGGGUUGGUUAUAUAUACAUGUAUCCACUCAAGUUGAUGUUUUUCAAUUUUGUAAGUGUAAGCUAAACAUCAAACAGUUAUUCUUCAUACGUUAUAGCCAUGAUUUCAAGCCAAACCAUGUUAAAUGUAUUCAUACCUUUAUAUGACUCUAAAAAUGUAUGUGAAAUGUUAUAUAUAUAUAUAUAUCACCAAUUUUUACAUAAUUGGUGUUAUGCAAUAAUGUUUAGAAAUGACCCGAUCAGAACUGCAACACAUAAAACGAAUGAAAAUAAUCUGAAGCAUUCCUCUAAAAUAAAAUUAAAAAAAAAAAAAGUUAAAGCAAGAAGCAAAGAAAGAACAAACAAAAUAUAAGCUUAUUUAAGA